AUGUCCGAUCGUGUACACCGCGCCACAGAAAAGUUUAAGACCAUGAUCAAAAUGAGAACCUGGUCCCAAAAACGAGCGAAGCAGCAACAGGAGAAUGGCCAUGGUCGUUGCUACCUAAUGGAAUUACCCACCGAGCUGUUGUUGGAGAUCAUAUCCCAUCUGACAGUGCUACCGGAGGCUGCAUUUGCGCUAACCAACAAGCGCAUGUUCGCAAUAUCUGGAGAGAUCCUUCUCUCGAAAUCCCUCCGAUUCAGUCGGGAUUUUGCGCCGCUUUUCCACCAUUACCGCAAUGGACAUAACUUCGUCACACCACGGUGGUCAUUCCUCAACCUGUUGGAAAAUUCCCGCUGGAAAUUAUGCUCCAAGUGCUUGAAACUCCACCCUCGGGCCGCAUUUUCAUCCAGAGAGCUGAGGCGGAAGCCAGAGAGUCGAACAUGCAAUGUUGGAGAGUUAGCAGGGGUUGUCGACCUGUGCCCAUGCAAGAAAUUAACUUUCCGCGACAAACUUGACCUCGCGGACCAUGUCAGAGUGCGGCAGGCGACGCUGCAACCCUUGAAGUCAAAAUUCGGGAACGCGGUUGACGACCGCUACUGCUGGCAUACAUGCACCGAGCAGUAUGGCCCAACCGAGUUGACGACAUCUUUGUUCCCAGAAAUCAAUGCUGACAAUCAGCUCGUUCUUCGCACGGAAUACCAACUCACCACUGAGUCGGGCCAGGUUGGCAAGGAAGAUUAUAUGACACCACGCUUCGGAUGUGCACAUCGGUCGGUUGACCUGUGGGUCUCGAGCGUCCAUCAAACCACUAUAUGCCGCCUCUUUGACUCAUUCUGCUCGUCUUGCAAGCGUAUAUCAGUCUGCACUGACCGCCCUGGGGUUUCUCCGGACCGACACGAUCCACGCUCACUAUCUCGCGCGUUCGACUUCGUACUCGAUUCAUACGAGUAUUGUCUGUUUCUCGGGGCGAUGAGCUUCCCACCACCUGGUUCCGGCCAAUACCCGCAUUAUCUACCGCCGCCACCAUAUCAACACGGGCAAAUUCCCCCGCAGAUACUAUACAAUAAUGCCCAUCCUCUGCCGCCCCCAUACGAUGCCUAUGGCAAACCAGCAAUGUAUCCUUCGGCCAUGACCCCAUAUCCUCCAUACCGAUCGACAUACACUCCACAGCCGCAGCAGCAACAGACGCGUCCUCCUCCGCAGACUCCCCCGCAGCAGCCGCUCCAAUUACCACCACAAGCUCUCCAACCACGGCCGCAGCCAGGAUCACAGCCAGGACCACAGAUUCUCCCUCAGCUACAAUCGCCCCCUCAACCUCAGCCGCCAGCUCCCCCUCCUCCGCCUCCGCCUCAAAUCCAACAAGAAGAGCUGCAACAUCAGUUUGUCAACCCGGCUCAAUUGUUUGUACAACAACCUCUGCCUACUGCUCCACGAUCCCGAUACACCCAACUCUCUCCUCAGUAUGGCCAACCGCCGUCCGCCCCGAGCGCUAGCCCCUCCCAAAUGGCACCGGCUACUUCGCCAGCUCCGCCGCCAGUCAUGUCUGUUCAUGUUGCUCCUGCCCCGCCUCCUAUUAGUCCUAAACCAAACACCCAAAACAACCAAGGACAAGCCAAUAUCCAUACACCGCAAACACAGCCUAUCAUCAAAUCCGAACCCCCGCCAGCCAAGAUCUCUCCCAAAGUAGAGCCUCAGAAAAAAGUUUCUACGCCUAUUGCAACGCCGAAACCCAUUACGACACCGAAACGACCCCAGCCUGCUCCAUCGCCGGUGACACAUGCUACUCCGCAAGUUAUGAUCGCAGCUCCUUCCCCGGUUGUUCAAGCGAGAAUUCAAAACCAGACUCCGCAGAAGCAACCCCAACCACAGCAUAUUGAAAAGAAGAGACAGCUGUCUCAACCAAAUGCCGAAAAGCAUGGGAAGCUCACGCCUGCCAAGUCUACGAAGCCUCCAGUCGACUAUCAGGUUCUGCUAUUGUCCUUGGCCGAUGAAUAUCUAAAUGCUGCCCAUGCUCGCGGAACAACAACCUCAUUGACCGCUCGUGAGACGGACGUCGAGGAAUAUUACAAGCUGGUUGCUACUGGAUUGGGCUGUUUGGAGGCUGUCUUGAAGAAUUGGCGAUUGCAACCUCGUAAAGAAGCUCUUGUUAGACUUCGAUAUGCGCGUACAUUGUUCGAGGAGACAGACAAUGACAUCGAAGCGGAAACAGCAUUGAGUAAAGGGAUCGAUCUUUGUGAACGAAACCGUAUGCUUGACUUGAAAUACAGCAUGCAGCACCUCUUGGCACGAAUGCUCCACAAGAGUAACCCUAAAGCUUCUUUGAAAGCGGUCGAUGGGAUGAUCCAGGAUGUGGAAGCGUACCGCCAUGCCGCAUGGGAGUACGCGUUUCGUUUCCUUCGAGUAUCACUCUCGUUGUCAUCCCCGUCACACCAAGACUCCGUGCAAGCGUUACAGCAUCUUCACAAAAUCACGGCGAUGGCUAGUCGUAACGGGGACAAGGCUGUUUCAGCAAUGGCAGCUGUCAUCGAAUCACUUGCACACUUGCAGCAAGCGACGAAUUCCGAUUCUAUCGAGCAGGCACAGCGCGCCGUGGCUGCCGCGCGAAGCCAUCAACUGAAUGAUGAACUUCGCCAUAUACCUCAACUUACAACCUUGAUUCAAAUGGUCGAUAUCUGCUGCAGUCUUCUAGAGUACGACGUCAACCAGUCUGGACAGAAGUUGAAGGUCAUGCAGGCUCUGAUGGACGAAACACUGAGCGACAGCAACUGGCGUCCUGAUGGGUCAUUUUCAGUCCCUCUCAACGGUAAAUCCGCCGGGCCGUCAUCCAUCGACACAGGUGACAUCUUGCAGGUUCAAAAUGGGACAUUGCUAUUAAGCUUCAACUGGCUUCCUCAGCACGAUCUUUAUGCCCUUUGCUAUUUCCUAAGCUCGAUCACGCUCAGUGCCAAGAACUCAUAUGAUGGCCGAAAAGCAGAGAAAUAUCUCGAGGAAGGGCUUCGAAUGGUUCAAGGCAAUUUCAAGGCCCCCCAAGAAAUUCCAGAAUCCAUGGCCAAUGCCAACCGUCGGGUUCAGUGGCGUCAGUCUCUUUACUGCAACCUUCUCCUCCAACGAGUUUUCCUGGCUUGCGCUCGAACAGAUUGGGAUCUUGCCAGCCAAACUCUCAACGACCUUCGACAAGUCUUCCAGGAGCUUGGUUCCAACCUUCCGGACACCAUCGAAUGUCUGAUGGAAUAUGCCAGCGGCACCAUCGCACAGGCAACUGGCGACCUGGACGCCGCACUGAACAUAUUCCAAUCACCAAUUCUGUCACUAGACCCGGCUACCAGCAAGACAGGACGCAACGAUCCCUGUCGUGAUACGCGCAUACUCGCCGGUCUCAAUACAGUCCUUAUUCUCCGUGAUCCAAGUCACCCGUCGCACUCCCUGCUCACCGCUGUUCUAGCAACCCUCGAACCCUUCUGCCAAAGCAGUCCAAACAAGUAUAUACAGGCUGCGUACUUCCUGGUCUGCGCAACUGUUCACUCCGAGUCAACCAUCCAAACAAAACAAUACCUUCAGCAAGCUCUGCAGUCUGCCACAGCAAUCAGCAACAGCCAAAUCACCUGUAUGACCUUAACAUUCAUGAGCUGGAAGUACUUCCGCGGCGUGGUCGGUGAGCAAGCUGAGAAAAGCGCUCGAGCCGGUCGUGCAAUGGCCAAACGAGCCAAUGACCGUAUGUGGGCGAGCGUCACUGACGACAUGCUGGCUGAGACUCUGGAGCGACAGGGCAAGGGCGAAGAAGCACAGGGUGUCCGUGAGGAAGGCCAACGCCUGGUCUCGGGUCUUCCGCCCCGUUUGAGGCGUUCCGCCUGA